UUUCUCUCUCUACUGUCUUGCCUCUGUCUCUCUCUCUCUUAUUUCUCUCUCUACUUCCCUUCGUCUCUCUCUCACUCUCAGCUAAUAUGCGAGGCCGCAAAAGGCCUCCACUGGAUCUGAUGAAACCCAAAACCCCUAAUUCAUACCUUAUCCUCUUAAACCCUCCAGCUCUCUUUCUUUCUCUCUAACUUUUACAAGCUUCAAUGCAGUUGCAUAACCUCUCUCAUCCUACCACGAAUUCCCUUUCUCUGGUUCCCCAAUUCUCUCUCUAAAGUUUUUGAAUUGUAGGGCAUUGUUUCCCACCACCAAUGCAGUUUCUGAAUCGCUGUCUUCACGGCAGUCCAAGCUCACCAAGCCGGCAACUUUUGUGAAGGGAUUUUGUCUACCGGGGUAUCGAGAUAUAAUGCCCUGUUCUUCACCAUUAUGGGCACAGAUUAGCUCGUGGCAUCGUGAUUACGAUAAAGUUCAGGCCUGUGCUGUUUUCCUUAUUCACAUUCAAAUUGGGUGUGCUUUGAUAGGAUCUCUUGGCGCCUUAUACACUGGGGUUUUGCUGAUCAAUUUGGCGGUUGCACUUUUUGCCCUUGUGGCCAUUGAGAGUAGCAGCCAAAGUCUUGGGAGAACUUAUGCUGUUCUUUUGGUUUGCAGCAUUCUGCUUGAUAUCUCAUGGUUUAUCCUCUUUUCAGAGGAAAUAUGGAACAUCUCUGCUGAAAAGUAUGGACAUUGUUUUAUCUUUUCAGUGAGAGUAUCCUUCUGGAUGCAAAUUGUGGGAUUUUCAAUGAGGUUGAUGUCCUCGUUAUUAUGGAUCCAAAUGUACAGAAUGGGAGUUUCAAAUGGAGACAAUUCAGUUUAUCGAGAGGCAGAUUACGAUGUAAGGAAUAGCUUUUUGAACCCACCAAUACAUACAGCAGUUAGACAGGACUCUGACGACGAGCAUAUAUUAGGAGGAUCUAUAUAUGAUCCAGUUUACUAUUCUUCUCUCUUUGAAGAUGCAACAUACAAGGGACAUCCAUAUGGGAUAAUGGGUAGCAAGCAACAAGAUAAUGACGGCAAUGGUGGAUCUACAUCUUCUCCCGAUGUUUUCCAACUUAAAUCUUGUCUUAGCAGUUCUUUUCCCCAUGCUCAUGACAAGAGAGCUGUAAGGAAGCUGCCAAGCUUUUGAUGCAAGCUGGUUAUAUUCAUUUGGAGUCCACUCCAUCUUUCUGCAUUUCGGACCUUUCUCUACCCUUGCAGUGUAGAGAGGUGGAACUUGUACAGUUAUCAAUUCUUCAUAUUCACAGCACAAAUAUUUUGCGAAGUGCUGUGUUGCCAUUAACAGUGAUUGCAGCCUUUUAUCCCAUGAUUUCAUUUUUCUCACUCAUCUCAUCCCAUGUAUUGAUUUCCCACUUUCAACACUAGAGGCAAUACUUUUCUGUUUCUUCUUAAAUGCUCGAGACUUUCGGAUAGGAAGAAUCACCAAAGAGUACAAGUUUUGUUUCAUCCUUCUUUGA